GCACCUAUUCCAGAAGAGGGAGGGGAUUUCUGCAGAGGGGUGGCCCCUACCAUCUCACCUGCCCUCUGCCCACCCACCUGGGGUCCCACCUGGGGUCCCUCCUCAGUUCAGCUCCAUUUUGAGUCUUUGUUUGCAAGUGAGCCUGGUCCUCUGUGUGUGUGGCUGCUAGUGUAGUCCCCGAUUUCCUUCUCUUUCCCUUUUUGUACAGCUGCAAUCUCAGCUUUUGGGGCCUUUAGUUUCACUGCAUUUCCCCCUCUGCUUAGAUCCUUACUCCUCCUCCUCCUUUUCCUCGUGGGAGUUGUUGUAAUUGUUGUUCUUAGGGUCACUCAUCUGUGAUACUUUCUGAUGGCUGAUUCCCAAAGCACACAGAAAUGGGAUGCUUUGCUUGCUUUGCCUGGGGAAGAGAAGGCCCAAGGGCAGCUCCAUGAGAGUCACCGCAAUCCAGAUGUAUUUGGAAAAGAGGCAGAGCUGAUGAGAACCCAGGGUCAGAGUAGCAUGGUGGAAGAAUGCAGGACCAAGAGUAAAUCUUCAGAGGAGCUGGUUUUUUACAAAGGCCUGGAGCAGAUCUUCUCUGGGGAUCCCACCUCCCAGGCGAAUAGAGGGGCAACUGAACCAAAGACAAGUUCACCCGUGUCUUCAAAAUCCACUUCAACCUCUGAUUUUCUAGACUCAUGUCCAGAGCUUUAUCCAUCAGACCUAGAGGAAGAUCUGGAAGUGGAAGACAGCUUCAUGUUGAGUUUUUGCCCUUUGGGACAAGACACUCAGGACACUGAUUUUGCAUUUCCUGCUAAUAUAAUUAAUACAGCCCGUCUGGGACAAAGAAACGGUUCCUCCAGUUCUCAACCAGUGGCGCACGCUGAUAAAGUUAAUGAAAUUUAUGCUUCAAGACAAAUUGCAUCCUUUACCCCUGUGGAACGUCUUGCUUUGAUUAGAAAAAGACGAGAAAAAUCAACUUGCGAAAAAAUGGCUAAAGAAAUGAUGGAAUGCUCAAAAAGGAAUAUCGAUCGUAUGUUGGAAUGCAGACAUGAGCAUUUUCUGGAAGAAAUGAAGUGGAAGAAAAUGUUUUUGGAGGAAACUAGGUCCAAUUUCAGAGAGCUAAUUGGUGUGUUAAAAGAUUUUUCCUCCACCUAUAAGGAGACUUGUGCCAAAUUGGACAGCAAAGAGCUCAGAGUUGUUAGGCGUGUAAGGAAGAAGAUUCCUGAAAAAGUUCAAAAUACAGAAUAACUUCAGCCAUCCCUUGUGGUUGACUCUGGCUUGCUGGAUACUAGUGUAUCUCGGCCCUUGCAACAAGAUCCAGACAAGCCUAGUUCAAGUACUAGUUUAGUUGUUUCUAGGAAAUUUAGGGCCCCAAGAAUUAUUAAGAAACCUGUUCCCUUUUCUCCCUGAGGUGCUUAAUGAUGAAUGAAUAUGUACUCUAUGCAUUGUAGAUUUCAUCAUUUUUUAACCUUACUUAUACCUAACAUUUGAAACUAUACUAAUACAUGAAUGUUAUAUUUCAUAUUGUCCUGUACUUAUACCAUGGGCAAUAAAGACAGCAAAUUAAUAAUAG